AUGCAGAGGGCCAGUAUGAUCGGGAUCCCCAGCCUGGAGCAAGCCGGAUCCUUUGCCCAGCAGUUCAAGGCCACGAGGUUCUCUUACCACCUGGAGAGCGGGGCCGGCGGGCACCGAGCUGGCUCUGGGGGUGUUUCGGGGGGCUGGGCAGGAGGCUCUGGGGGUGUCUGGGUGGGGGCCUCUCUCCUGGACUCACCCCGUCUCUCUGCCCCGAUCGCAGAGUCCCUGCAGCUGAUCGCGACAGCAGCGGAGCAUUCCAACGCCGCCAUCUGCAAAAUGGAACGGAUGCACUCCUUGCUGAAGGUGUACGAGCUGCUGGGCGGGGAGGAGGACAUCGUUAGCCCCACUAACGAGCUCAUUAAGGAAGGCCACAUCCUCAAGCUGUCGGCCAAGAACGGGACCACACAGGACCGGUACCUGAUCCUGUUCAACGACCGGCUCUUGUGCUGCGUCCCGAAACUGCGCCUCCUCGGCCAGAAGUUCGGGGUCCGGGCCCGGAUCGACGUGGAGGGGAUGGAGGUGAAGGAGUCGAGUGGCAUCAACCUGCCCCGGACCUUUCUGGUGUCGGGGAAGCAGCGUUCGCUGGAGUUGCAGGCGAGGACGGAGGAGGAGAAACACGACUGGAUCCAGGCGAUUCGGGCCACGAUCCUGAAGCUGGAGCAGAUGCCGGUGGGAGCUGCCCCCCGGGAAGAGGAAGAGCCCUGGGCUGGAUCGCCGGUGAGCGCACACGCGUGUAUACGUGUGUCUGGGCGCACGUUGGUGUGUGCGUGUGUGGAUGGCUCUCUGCCCCCCUCCCCUGACCCCCGUCUCUCCGCCCCCCAGGACGUGAAGGCCCAGCGCAGCCUCCCGCUGAUCGGCUUCGAGGUGACGGCCCCGGACGCGGGGCCGCGGCUCGACCGGCGUCACGCGUUCGCCAUCCACCAGAGCCACCUGCGCUGGCAGUUCAGCGCCGAGUCCGAGGGGCUGCAGCGGCGCUGGAUGGAGGCCCUGGGCCGGGCCGGGCGAGGGGAGCCGCCCGCCUCCCCCGGGCCCAUCCUCGAGGCCGAGGAGGGGGCCGAGGGCACCUGACGGCGCCGGGGGGCUGGACUGGACCUGACCCCCCCCAACGAACGAUACUUGAACGGUCCUCAGGCACUUUGAGACACCCCCUCGCGGGGCAUGGCCUCAGCGCUUGGCCCCCGGACGUCUGGGCUCCUGGCAAGCCCCCGCAGGGGGCACCGGCUCCCAUCCCUCCCCUGGGCGGGGACUGGCUGACUGGGGGGCAGGGAAUGGGGCCUGUCCCUCCCCCACAAGUACAGGCCGAGCCGGUACCGGUGUAACCCCCCCCCCCGCGGGAUCUACGGGCCGGCUCCCUCCCGUCCUAUCCACUCGUCUCACGCCGCUCACCAGGUGUGGACACGCUUAGCAGACAUUAUUUUAUUGUUGCUGACAUGCAGUGGCUGGCCACUAGGGGGCAGCCUCGCAUCCACGGGGGCGCCCCAAUCUCCCCCCCACCCCGAGAUUUUCUAGCGUCCUUGGGAGCCGGGCGUUGUUAAAGCUCCGUCAGCGGAUUUCGUAAUACAGGUUUCCUUUUC